AUGGAUAAUAAUCAAGAGAAAUCAGCAACAGACCAGUCUAGUCAGGAUUACUACUUUAACUCCUAUGCCCAUUAUGGCAUUCACGAGGAAAUGUUGAAAGAUGAAGUUCGUACAAAAACAUAUCGUGAUUCAAUUUAUCAAAAUAGACAUCUAUUUAAGAAUAAGGUUGUCCUUGAUGUUGGAGCUGGAACUGGAAUUUUGUCUAUGUUUGCUGCUAAAGCUGGGGCAAAAAAAGUCAUUGCUAUUGAAUAUUCUGGUAUUGCUGAGCAGACAAAACUUUUGGUUCGUGAUAAUAAAUUAGAUGAUAUUAUCACUGUUGUUAAAGCUAAGGUUGAAGAAGUUGAUGAUCUCCCUGAUGGUAUAAAAAACGUUGAUAUCAUAAUCUCUGAGUGGAUGGGCUAUUGUUUGUUAUAUGAAUCUAUGCUUAAUACUGUUCUUUAUGCGCGUGAUAAAUGGCUUGUUAAAGAUGGUUUAAUUUUUCCAGAUAAAUGCUCAAUGUACAUAACAGCUAUUGAAGAUGGAAAGUACAAAGAAGAAAAAAUAUUUUGGUGGGAGAAUGUAUACGGCUUUGACUUUUCACGUAUUGGACGUAUUGCCGUCAAAGAACCAUUGGUUGAUUGUGCUGAUGCAGAACAAGUUUGUACAAGCACUGCCUUAAUAAAAGUGUUAGAUUUGUACACUAUAACUGCAAAUGAAUUGAAUUUUUCAUCAAAUUUUUCUCUUAAAUUUUGUCGUAAAGAUUAUGUCCAUGCUUUUGUCAUUUAUUUUACGACCGAUUUCACUAAAUCACACAAACCUAUUGGAUUUUCAACGGGACCAGAUGCUAAAUAUACUCAUUGGAAACAAACAAUAUUUUAUACUAAGGAUCCAAUUAUUGGAGUUAGAGAUGACUUAAUAAAGGGAAUUAUCUCAUUUAAAGCAAAUGCUAAGAAUCCCCGAGAUUUAGAUAUUAGAAUUAAAUUUGAUUUUGUAAGUAAAGAUGGAAGAGAAAGCCUUUCGGAGGACAAUGAAUAUUUAAUGCAUUAA